AUGCCGGGCCCAGGUCUUUUAUCUGAUGGUUGGUUCCGUGAGAAGAGCUCCAUGUGGCCUGGGCAGGCGCAGGGGCUCAAGGUGGAGAAGGUGCUGUACGACCAGCCCACGGAAUUCCAGCACCUGACGGUUUUCGAGUCCGACCCGAAGGGACCGUGGGGCACCGUCAUGACACUUGACGGCGCCAUCCAGCUCACUGACUAUGACGAGUUCGUCUACCAUGAGAUGCUUGCGAACCUGUCGCUGACGUGCCAUCACAAGCCAGAACGCGUUCUGGUCAUUGGCGGUGGCGAUGGCGGUGUCGUGCGCGAGGUGCUGCGCCACAAGAGCGAGAAGGAGGGCAUUGUACAGUCUGUCGAGCUCGUUGACAUUGACGGCGCCGUGAUUGAGCAAAGCAAACGGCACUUCCCGCAGAUCGCUUGCGGCCUCGCGAACCCGUGCGUGACGGCGAUGGUGGGCGACGGUGUCGCCUUUGUAGGCAACGCGCCGGAUAACGUGUACGAUGUCGUCAUCAUCGACACAACGGACCCUGAGGGGCCGGCGUCGGAGCUGUUUGGCGCGGAAUUCUACAAGAACGUUCGUCGCAUUCUGCGGCCCGGCGGCAUCGUAUGCAACCAGGGCGAGUCCAUCUGGCUGCACCGCCCGCUGAUAGAGAAGAUGAUGAAUUUCCUGAAGAAGGACAUCGGCUUUACCACCGUCAAGUACGCGAUGAUCUACACCCCAAUGUACCCGUGCGGCAGCAUCGGCACACUCGUCUGCGCUAAGUCUGUCGACACGGACUUGACAGUGCCGAGGAGACCGGUGGAGUCGCUCGGGUUUGCCGACGAGCUCAAGUACUACAGCAGUGACAUGCACCGGGCAGCGUUCGUGCUGCCGCGCUUCGCGGCGUACCUGAACGAGUAG